UAACAGGACAGUUUUGGUUGACAUAGCUUAGAAACAAGCAUGAAGUGGAAGGAGCAUCUUUGACCCAUGUUGUGUUCCACUGAUCCACAGGGACACACAACUGAGGUCCAUUCAUUAUUGAACAGUGGAUUGGACAUGGACUUCUUUUCUCUGUUGGUGUAUCUACUUUUCUAUUGUAUUCAUGUUGGGGCACAGGUGAAGCUGUUUCCUGAAAAACUAACUAUCCUUCGAGGAGAGGAGGCCCGGCUGACAUGCAGCACCUCCAACACCAGAUGGACUGUUAUGAUUUGGCUUCUAAAUGGUGUAGCUGUUCUCACCAUCUCCAAGGAAAAUGGUGUUCUGCCCUCCAUCAACGCUAAUGUGACAGCAGAGAAAAGCGUUGUCUCUACGGGAGACAGCUGGGUGUUGAUCCUGAAACACACAGAGAGGUACAAUCAGGGACAAGUGACUUGUGACCUCCAGGACAUUGAUAGGAAAACAGCAAGCUUGUUUGUACAAGAAAAGGGCAGUGUGAAAGUCUCUGGGGAUAAAUUGGCUUUUAUGGGACAGUUGGCCUUGUUUGAAUGCCAUGCUGAAGGAUGGUACCCUCAACCUACUUUACAAUGGUGGAUGAAUGACAAAAAGGUGAGCCAGGCCGAAUACAACAUUAGUAGUGAAGAGUCAGGAAGGAGCCUCUUUACAGUGAACAGCAACCUCAGCGUGACUGCAGCAAAGAGCUCUUAUGUGGAUUGUCUGGCCUCAGUGUCGGCCCUGCCCACACCACUAAGGAGCAGAGUCCGUCUAACAGUGGUUGCAGAGGUGGUGGAGGAAGGAGAUGACUGCAGAGUCCCGCUGGCGGUGACAGCCUCCCUCUCUGCUUUUCUGCUGCUUCUCCUGCUCUGCAUCUGCACUGUCCUCUGGUUCAGACAAAGGAGACAAGCAAAACCAUGCCAACAGGAGGGAAUAAGGUUUGACCAAUCAGGGAACAAGAGAGGCUUUGUUGCUGAGGUGACUGGGGGCAAGGACAACCUGGGCUUCUGGAGUGAGGGCUCCACAGAUGCAGAGUACACUGAGUGGACCAUGGAAACUCAUAGCAACAUGAAUGUUAAUAGCUUACACAAGGUCCCUGAUGUUGUGUCCUCAAGCACCUUGUCCCUGCACACUGAUAGCCCAGCCCAGGUGUGUCUGUCAGAAGAAAGCUCAACGAAUGUCAGGAGGAUAACCACAGUUUAAUUACAUUUGUUGAGACUGUAUUCAUAUAAAAUAGAUGUUAACCAUGUAAAAGUGCCGCAUAGUACAGUUCUUAUAGGUAAACUACUCAUAAUGUGUGCACUGUGUAUUGGAUUUUUUAAAGCUUGAAGCAUACUAUAUGUCAACUUAGACUGAAUGUGUUUGUACAACAAUACAAAAACAUGAAAAAAAAAUGUCUUUUUUGUUCUUGGCAUUUUGAAGAUUGUCAAAGGGCUGUAGAGGGAAGGAAAAUGCAGAUCGUUGAAAGUCAGGAUUCAUGUCAGUGCAGGUGCAGAUAGAGAUUAACAUUCAUGGAACAGAAGAUCUCUAGCAAAUGUACAAA